GCCACCACUAUCGAGGGAACCUCCGAUGGCCGACAUGCUAUCUUACAGCCAAUUGCUCAUUCUCUACUAAGUCGAGAAGGGUUGGUUUUUUUUUUUUUUCCUCUUAACUAAUGGUUGCAUUUUUUCUGCGUUGCAAUAGGAAGUAUUGCAUAUGCAGAUGUGGUGGAACAUUCAGUCGACCGGAUGCACUUACGAGGCACAUCAAGGGCGAAUCCAAAGAUGCCCCGAAGCAUUUGUGCGACAAGUGUGGGAUAAAGAGUUUCUCUCGCAAAGACCAUCUGACCCAACAUCAGAAGUCCUGCCGUGGACGCAAGAUUGGAAACCAGCCAGGCGGCCAUGAAGCUGAACCUCUACCCCUCGCUACAAUACCUGGCCCUUCCGUGCUUGUGAACGAAAAUGAUUUUAUGCCAAACCAGGAUCCCCCCUUUCCAUGCCUCAUCACGGGCCGCGAUAAAUGGGGACCGAAAGGCUAUGUUCGACUUCGGGACCUGAACGAGCAUCAGGGUUGGGCACAUCCUUUCAUGCCCCAGAACCUUAGUACUAUGUCGCAGUUCUCAGAAAACAUGCAGUCCCGCCCGCAGUUCAACAACACUUCUCAGGUGUAUCAGCACCAUGACGUCUCCCAAGACUAUCAGCUCGUCGGUGGCUUCCAACCCUCUCUGCUGAACAUUGCUCCUCAAGUCCCCAAGCCGCUUUAUGAUCCCCCCUUUCCAUGCCUCGUCAUGGGCUGCGAUAAAUGGGGACCAAAUGGCUAUGUUCGACUUCAGGACCUUAGUGAGCAUCAGGGUUGGGCACAUCCUUUCAUGGUACAGAAUCUUGGUACCAUGUCGCAGUUCUCAGGGGACAUGCAGCUUUACCAGCCGAUUAAUAAUACCCAGUUCUACCAGACAGACAACGCUUCUCAGGUGUAUCAGCACGAUGAUGUCCCUCAAGACAAUCAGCAUGUCGCUAGUCUCCAAUUCCCCCAGCCAACCUAUGACCCCCAGUUCCAGUGGCCAGGCAACAUUGAGUUGUAUGGACAGGACAGCGUCGCCCAGUCCUUCCCAGCGGAUGGUUCUUCUCUAGCUCUUCAGCCGGAGAUUGUUUCCCAGCCUAAUCAACAGGGUAACACUGUUGCUGAUACUGCUGAUACCGCCAUCGAUGGUAACCUAGACGACACCACUCAGGUCUAUCAGCAAAACGGCGCGUUCCAGUUCUAGUUCUAACGGACGCUACCCUGGGUGCUCUAUAGAACGAUUCGAUGUGACGAAUUUAGGUAGUGAAGGGAUUGUUGAAGUUGACUGAUUUAUGAGUAUGGUUUCCAUAGAAAAUUGCGCUGACACUGUCCGCAACAAUACAAUUUUUUAAAUAAAAAAUGACCCUGAUAUGAUACUCACGUGCACCACCUCCGUACCGCUCAUCGUAGACGUAUCCAUCGAUACCCGUGUCGGUAUCCCUAAAUAUCACAACCCCCUAAUCCACAAACA